GGCUUCAAAACCAAGACAAAUAUUUGUGUCCGCUUGUGAACUUAAUCUAAAGAAAAGGGCGACCGUAACCUAAAAUGUUAAGACUCCACGUCGCCUACAUGUACUGGUUCUGUUAGCCGUCUGGGUCCGAAAGCAUGAGAAAACGGUCGCGUGUGCAUUGGGAACUACUUUCUGUCGGACAGCCGUGCUGCGCCUUUCUCUCUCCCACUCGCCCGUGCCAGUCCGCCAUCUUGAAUUUUAAUGUUAAUUUCUUUUUUUAAAAAAUGUGUUUUCCUGCGAUGUUUACGAUGCUGUUUUUCAUUUAAAUGACUUUCAAGGACGUUCGCUUUGUCGUGCGGUAUCUGACGAGGUCACUCGAGUUCAUAUUCUAGACCCCAGUCUUCCCAACCCAAGAGUGUUUCUUCAUCUCGGGGACUAAAUGCAACUGGACCAGGGGGCUUGUGGGCAUGAAGUGGCUGGGCGAAUCCAAGAACAUGGUAUUAAAUGGCAGACGACAUGGAAGCAAGUUGACCAGCGAUCAACCUGUGAGCCAGAGCCAGACUCGCUCUCAGCAUUCACAGCGGGCAUCCCAGAGGCAUAACAAAACCCACCCAAGGAACCGAAGAUGUAGCCGUAGGUUUCAUGCAACUAGUCUAGAGGCCGAGAGGCGAUAUGUGCCCUCUUCCGGAAUGACUGCAAAGGAGCUGUGUGAGAAUGAUGACCUGACCACAAGCCUCAUACUAGAUCCAUACCUGGGCUUUCAGACACACAAAAUGAACACCAGAUUUCGACCAGUCAAGGGACGUCAGGAAGAGCUGAAGGAAAUCAUUGAACGCUUCAAAAAACAUGAUAACUUGGAGAAAGCGUUUAGAGCUUUGACGACAGGCGACUGGUCCAGAAAUCUUUUUGUUCAUAAGACAAAAUCUCAAGAAAAGCUCUUCAAACAACAUGUUUUCGUGUAUUUGCGGAUGUUUGCCACUGACAGCGGCUUUGAGAUUCUUCCAUGUAAUCGCUAUUCUUCAGAGCAAAAUGGAGCCAAAAUUGUGGCAACUAAAGAAUGGAAAAGGAAUGAUAAGAUUGAGUACUUGGUGGGAUGCAUUGCUGAGCUGUCUGAGAGUGAAGAGAACUUGCUACUCCGGCAUGGAGAGAAUGACUUCAGCGUCAUGUAUUCUACUCGCAAGAAUUGUGCACAGCUCUGGCUGGGGCCAGCUGCUUUUAUUAACCAUGAUUGUCGUCCAAACUGCAAGUUUGUGUCGACAGGGCGGGACACAGCUUGUGUGAAGGUGCUGAGAGAUAUUGAACCGGGCGAGGAGAUCUCCUGCUACUAUGGAGAUGGAUUUUUUGGGGAAAACAAUGAAUUUUGUGAAUGCUACACCUGUGAACGACGUGGCACUGGUGCUUUCAAAUCUAAAGCUGGACUGCCAGUCGAUGUUCCUGUGAUCAACAGCAAAUACGGGUUGCGGGAGACGGACAAACGUCUGAACCGACUGAAGAAAUUAGGAGAAGGAAACAGGAGUUCGGAUGCUCACUCAGUAGGCUCCCACACAGACGUGGACUCUCAGGAAUCGCCGAAAACACAUCAAUCUGCCAGGAAAAGAUCGUCUGGCCUCAAGUACAAAAACAGGACUCAAACAAGACAGACUUUGUCAAGAGCCCUCACUACCUCAUGUUCAAAACAAGGACGUGUAAAUAAUAAUAGGGUACCAAAGAGACUAAAAUCCCAAUCUAAGCCUUCACUAAGUAAAGUCCAGUUGCGGAGUCGCAGAAGGGGUGCAGAGCCCAAGGCAUUGGCCAAAGGUGAGACUUGCCAGCUGGGUCUCAGGGACUCAAAGGUGUCACUGUGUAAAGGUGUUACUGUAAAGAAGGAGAAAGAUGGGCAGGAGCUGGUCCAGCAGACACUUGGCCCGCAGGGCUGCUUGACACGACAUGCUGCCAAGGAAAAUGUCAAUCUAACCGUUGGGCAACACGGUAAGAGUUGCCUGUCUUCAACAUAUAGAACUCGCAGGUCCACAAGGACUCUAGUCAAAGCCCAAGAGACAGCAGGUGACGUAAAGCUGGAGUCCAGUGCAAUGCGCAGCUUGAGCCCAGUCUCUGGUGGCGUGGUCAUUAAAACAGAGCCAUUAGACAUAGAGGAGUAUCUCCACCAUGGGAUGGGACUGGAGCAGGCAGCUUUAGAUCCCGGAUAUGCCCGAAGAGACUCAUGCACAAGACGGAAACGGACGCCACAGCUUGGGACCGAGCGAAUGAUUAAAUGUGAGGACUCAUACGGUGAGCCGUUUAUGCCAGUGGCUUCUGGUCACACCACCAGCUACUCAGACUGUGGGAAAGUGCUGUUGAGCUUCUCUGACCCGCAUCGGGACUACAACGGGGUGGCCAACGGCCGCAAAGCCCUACGCAGGGACAAGGGUAGCAGUAGCUGUCGAUCGCAGGACAAGGGGAAGAAAAAACGCCGGAUCACUCGUUAUGAUGCACAGCUGAUUCUGGAGAACACAACGGGCCUCCCCAAACUGACGCUCCGCCGGCGGAGAGACAGUAGCAGUAGCAAGACCAAUGAACCCAACGAUGUCAUUGGUUCUUCCAGUCUUUCUGCCUCGGCAGUCAACCCCGCUUCUUCCAGCAAGAUUAGCAUCAAGUUCAGCAAGGACCACGACAAGGACAAAGGCAGCUCUUACAUCGCCAAACUGAAUAACGGCUUUUCCCCGGUGGUCCACAGCAACUCCACAAAGCUGAAGAUCCAGCUGAAGAGAGAGGACAACGCGCGGAGAAUAUCUCACAUGAAGGCAGACCAGGUGUCCUUUAAUGGCGACAUGGGCCCGAGCCUCGAGGCCAGAAAUGGCGGACACCGGAGCCAAAAUCUCAUGGCAGACCCGUCCUCUGAAGACGAGGACGGCGAUGACGAUGACGACGACUACUUUGACAAUGAGUUUGAAGACGAUUUCAUUCCACUCCCCCCAGCGAAACGCCUGCGACUCAUUGUGGGUAAAGACUCCAUUGACAUCGAUAUCUCCUCCAGGAGGAGAGAGGAUCAGUCUCUGAGACUCAACGCAUAAGCCGUGGAGCUCAUCACUCCUUUCCCUGUAAAUACACAAAACUAGCUAAUCAGCAUAAGUUGUGUUGAUGUAAAAGAAGUAGAGUCAUUUACAAACAAAAAUGUCCAAAAACACAAAGCAGGGCUUGUAUUCAUAAAGAUUCCAAGAGUUCCCAGAGCGUUCCUUAACUUUGUGACAACACACCACCAAACCCGCUGAGGAGGAAUUGGGCGAUCUGACAAGUGACAUUGAACACUUUGGUUGUCCAAGAAAGAAAAAUACUUCACAUAAUGUCAUAUUUUGUUGACAUUUGAUUUACCAUUGUCUUAAUUUCUAUGUAAACGGCGCAGAUCUUUUCAGUGUCACUCAUUCCAGGCAUGACCGUGUGAGAAUGCUUACUAGUUGCUCUUUUUAGUUGAGGUCAGUUGAGGUCGCGCUAAAAGGAAAAAUACUGAGGACGGCACCGGAAACAGCAAGUAUUGCAUGUAACGGUUCCACCUGAAAAUACUUUAGAGCCUUCAAAGUAACUCCCCUUUUAUCUUUCCUAGGAAUCCUGUCACAUGGAGCCGCUCUCAGCAACUCUUUCUUUAUGAAUAUUGGUCCAUAAUGUUACUAGAAGGGGCUGUUAAACUAAAACAAAAUCUCUGUGCUCAAAUUACUUUCAUGAAAAUGUUUUCCGUUGUGCUUUUCUUGUUGUAUUUGAUGACCCGUGGUAACUUGUUUUUUUUUUUAGCAUGAACUAAUCAGCUGGGAUGGUUCUGGCUGGCAGUUGGAACGUCGCUCGGUCUGUCUGUCGUGUUGUCUUGCAUUAAGAAGUAAUCAUCUGAUGCAAGACAUUUGCCUGGCUGGUUGUGCCUCCCAAAAACAUCCUCCAGGAUCUUAACCAAAUUCUAACACUUCUGCACACUAUUCUUUAAGAAGAUUCAAGCAAGUCAGCGUAUGCACUGUUGUCUGGAAGGCACUUGACAUGGCAGAACAAUUCCUUUAUUCUUUUUAAUUUCCUUUGUGUGUGUCCUGGCAGCAGAAGGUAAACACUAGGGUUGCUCAUUUGUGGUGUCUUAAAUUACUAUGCAGGACCCCCCCCCAGAGAUAUUGUUUUUCGUUGAACAAUGCCUUCCAGUGAAUGCAUUGCUUCUAUUCAUGAUGGACAUAGAUAUUGUAGAAAGUGUACAGUAUGCUGACUAUCCCUCUGUUUUAUAGGCAGGCUUUUAUCCAACCUUUUGGAUUAGAUUUUUUCCCCCCAAUAUAUAUAUAUAUGUAUGUAUAUAUAUAUAUAUGUAUGUAUAUAUAUAUAUAUAUAUAUAUAUAUAUAUAUAUAUAUAUAUAUAUUUUUUUUAUUUUUAUUUGGGAGGCCAUGCUGUACGUUCCAGUCCAGAAGCGUGACUAUAAUGUUACACAUCAAUUGGAAUUCAUGUGCCGUGUUUUCAUUUUCGGCAUUGCUAACCUCACCAGUUAUUUCAGCCCAAACAGUCUCGUUCUUAGAUCAUUGUUGGUUAAACUUGCAUAGUUUAGUGAAAUAAAAGCACAGGGUUUUGGUAUAGCAAAAGGAAUUCUAUUUAAAUGGACCAGCGUUAUAUUUUGGGAGGUUUUUUUGUAGUUUUGGAACGACACUAAUGAAAACAUGGCACAUGCUACUAAGUUUAAUGCCCCUGCUUCAAGGCUCAGUGUUUUCCACCUGUGAUUCUAAAGGUCACCUCCAGAAAGACUGGCUCCUAAUUCCUUUCACAUCACAGCCGCAGGUUUAUUUUCCCAUUGGCGAUUUUUCAAAGCAAGUCAUUUGACGAUUUCAAAACAAAUAUUUUCUUUUGGGCACUGUAUGGGAGAACGGGGUUAGUUGUCACACGUUUUUGCUCUAGUGUGAAUUGCUCGUCAUAUUUCAGUAGUCAAUUCCUGCAUCAAAUUGAAGCUUAAGGUGCUUGAAAUGUGUAUCCUAAUUUUCCAAGUCAUUGUGCCAACCAACCCCAUCAGGGGGAUGGUUAACCAAGCAGUGCUCUCAGUGUACCACAGGGUAAUAAAAUACAACAGAUUGUAGGGGAACCAAGGCUAAAUUUCACUAUAUACAAUUUGACACGAAAAACAAAAAGACUGUUGGUGAGCGCCCUUCUUUGGCGAGAAAGAGCGUGACAACCAACCCAUGUGAGAACCAACCUUGUUCUCCCCUGCUUUCAGUAUUUGUUUUCAUUUCUUGCCUCUGUACCUGCGUUGUUGAUGGCUGCGCUAUCUAUCAGACUUCAAUUCAUUAUCUGGUGCCUUAAAAGAUUCGACCAAAUUUAUAACAAGAAAUCACGGUAGAACAGCCUGCUGACCCUUUUUGAAAUAACCGCAUUACAGCUGUCUUUUUUUUUUCUCUCGUCUUUUGUAAGUAAAAAAAAAAAUACUACCCAGUAGAUUGAGGGAUCAACUCAAACGGACGUUUACCCAUUUUUUUUGUGUUCUAAUGUACUGUUCACAUCACCAGCAGCUAACAUUCUCUCUUCACUUUGUCCAACAUCUCCAUCCUACACUGUCAAGUGUUCCAGGUGUACCGUCUGUGAGCUCUUUGUCCAAUAGACAACUUUUCCUAAUGAUUCAAAAAGGACAAAAAAAAAAAAAAUCCAAUGUGAAUACUUUGAGGACAUUUAGCGUGUUAGCGUGGGUAGUGGGGGAACCUGUAAAAAGAAUUAAAAGUGGGCGGUGCAUAUAUUGCCCAGUAUGUACAUCAUGUGAACACACCUUGCACUUAUUUAACUUUUUUGAAUACUUGAAAACUAUAUAAAGUUUCUUUGUGACUCAUUUCCUGAGCCCGUAGUUUAUAUUUUGUUUAGUCACAGUUCUGUCGGAGCCAAUAAAUCUCAAGACUUACAGUAAUACUUCCUACUACUGCAUUGUCCGUAUUCUCUCCGUAUGUGGGCAAACAAAGCAUCAUCAUCAUCAACACACUAUUUAUUUAUAUAUCCUGAGACCCAGACAAAGAAAAGUUGCAUUUCCCAGCAAGGGCCACGUAGAAAAAUGACAUUUCGUAAAGCAACAUGUACUGUAGGUGUGUAUGACUUAACUUCUAUAUUUCAAGACAAGAACACAAUCUCAGCUUUGUGAUGUCGGUGAAAAAAUGUAUUAGUAUAAACUUUGGUCUUUGUAGUUUUAUUCUCAUAUUUUGACUUUAUUCACAUAAUUACUUGUUUUUUUUCCCCCCACAAUCAAAUUUUCCAAUUAUUACAACUUUAUUUUGUUUUGUUUCUCGUAAUUAUUUACGACUAAAAAUACGAUUUUUUUCUUUCAUAUUUCAACUUUAUACUACUAAUAUAUUUUCCCUUUUAUUAGGAGUUUAUUCUCGUAAUAUUGCAAGUUUUUUUCUUGAUAGAAUACGACUUUUUUUUCCCCCUCGUAAUAUUUUUGCUUCAUUCUUCUUUUUCUUCUUUUAAUUUUCCAACUAUUUCAACUUUCUUCUUGUAAAUGUUAAUUUUGUAAUGUUACGACUUCAUUCCCAUAAUAUUUUGGCUUUAUUCUUGUAUACUAACUUUUUCCGCCACCAAAUUGUCCUCAUACUAAUGCGACUUUUCUUUAGUUCAACAUUAUGCGGCUAAAAUGACGUCAUUUUUCCUCAUAGUUUGAUGUUAUUCUUGUAAAAUGACUUAUUUUUGUUAAUUACAUUUUUCUCAAUGUUUUGUAAAAUUACUUUGUGGAAUUUGUGGAACGUGCCGCAGGCCGCACUUUGGAUACCCCUGGCUUAAUACAAAUAUUUUGCCAUCAAAUGCAUUUUUGAUGCAAUGUCCUUUGCGGUGGACAACGGUCAGUAAAACCAACUGAACAACUCGUGUUUUUGACUUUUUGAUGAGAGGAACAAGACAUUUAUUUCAACAUAAAAUAUUCACUAUGUCAAGUAUUUAAUGUAAGUAAAGUAAAUGUAAAGUUUGCUUGAGUAUAUACAGUGGAACCUUGGUUAGAACCCAUCAUUAAUCUGUUCCGGAAGGUCGGACUCUAAUCGAAACGUACUCUUAACCAAUCACAUUUUUCCCAUAAGAAAUAAUGUAAAUCCAAUUCAUCCUUUCCACAAAAGACACCACCUUCCUGUUUUGCCAUGAGUUUAUUUAUUGAAUUCAAUAAUGUUUCUCACCUUAAGUCUCUGCUUUUCUUUUCAUCACGGCUGCAAAAUAAUUAAAAAUGGAGCCAAAGAAAGUUGUGAGUACCAGCAUUUUGGUCAAGAAGAUGAGAAACGCGAUUGAAUUCAAGAAAUCAUAGCAAAACAUGAAGGUGCCACAUUGUGUCUUUGUCAACGCGUGAAGUUAAAGUAACCUACAAUGUUCAUUUAACCCUGUCAUUCAUCAUUCAUACGCGUUUAGAAUUAUUUUAUGGACGUAAAACUAUAAAAAUGUGUUUUGUGUUAACAUUCUUGAGACUUGUGGCGUAACGGUGUCCAAUCCGUGGUGUUCAAUCGUCACUAUUAUCACUGACGUGAAUGUUUUAUUUGCCACUAUUUUUCAUGAACUUAACAUUAACAUGUUUUUUUUAGGAUGUGACCAUGAUUGAACACUGCACACACACACAAACAAGCUUUGAGUGCACCUCAACAUAAAAUUUUGACUCCCUUCUCAGGUUUUUAGUCAGCAGGUUCGGAGAAGAUGUCAUAUGUACUGUAUCUCACGACCCUCACAUUUCUGCAAAUAUUUUAUUAGAUCUUUUUAUGGGACAACACUAAAGAAACGGCACUUUGAUACAAUGUAAAGUAUUCAAUGUACAGCUUGGAUAACAGCUGCAAAUGUCCAAAUUGUGUCCAAAAUGUGAACAUUUGAUGUGGAUACUGUCUUAACUUUCUUAGGUAUGGAGUUCACUAGAACAGGAGUUCUCAACUGGUCUCAUCCUGGGACCCCACUUUUAUAGAGGUAAAAGCACGCUAAUUUAUUUUUAUUUUAUUUUAAUAGCCUUCAAAACACAUGUCAUUUUUAAACAAAAAAAUACACUCAAUUAUAUGUGCAAAAUGUAUGUUCGAGCACGAUAUUAAGAGGAUGAAUGUCAACUACAAAUAAAAAAAAAAUCAAUGCUAUAAAAUAAUAGUUGCUUGUACAUACCAAGGAAGAAGGUGCCGAGCCAAAAUAUAUUUUCUUAUAUUUUCUAUUUGUAUUUCAAAAUUGAAAAAAAAUCUGAAAAUUACAUGAAAAUAUUUAAUGUAAUUUCCAGCAUUUUUAUGCAUAUUAAUUAUUAAAAUAUUUCAUGUAAUUUUGUAAUAGUCUGAAAUAUUUAUUUUGAAAAUGUGUUCUUUUGAAAUACAAAUAUAAAUUACACUAAAUG